AUGAUUAGUCUCCCGGAUCCAAAAUUCUCAGGACUGUUCAUCCGUCACUUCCGGCUAGUCACCACUGAAUCAUCGCCUUACUACAAUGCCGACGACUUGGUCGAAAUUAUGCUUGGAUACGGCGGUGUCAACCUCGACCACAUGGACCGCUUCCCAUUCAGCGCAGACCACAGAAGACACGCCAUACCUCCCCGUGGUCCAGCGACAUGCACGCUGACCGGGAGUCUUCGGCACGGACGGAUGGCCUCGUCCGAACAGAGUACGUUCGGCAAACCGGUCACAGAGAUGGCUCACGGACUGCGCUUCGUGGUCGUUAUCCAUGACUACUACAUCAUAGGAGGCUCGGCUAUACAAGACUCCUGCUGGCUCCUAAGGGUGAAAAACAGGUCCAUGCGUAAGGGCCGACUGCCCUUUCGCGUCGGCGCGGUGCUCGCAUUUUCCAACAUGCCGCAAGGCCCAGCAGACAUCGCGGAACGUAUCAGGAAAGAGACCAAUAUCACCCAGGGCUUAUCAACCAAAGCACCAGAGCGGGAAAUGGUCCAAUUCGGAGUCAAGCCCGGGAUCAAGUCCCGCUGGCUUACCUUGCCUAUAUGGCAGGUCCUUGGGAAAUCGAACCCUACAACGAUUUACCAAGUUUUUGUUGCUGCGAUCCCAGAAUCGAGCCGGGAGAUUAUGGGCCCCCCACAUGCAAGCAACGGUGGUGUGCAUCCUAGCGCACUCAUUGGCCAGCCGACUAAGGGUCUAGAACUGAAACAGGGUGAUCCCCCUCCAAAAAUGCCAGCGAUCGCUGAAAAUAGCCUUUCUCGGCAGACCCUGUCGUACGCACUGUUCUGUGUGCGGUCGGGUGGAAGGUGCAUUGUCCAGGUCGAUGUGCAGGAGGUCGGUGAGAAGUGGGAAAAGUCCAGUUUUGGUGGUGUUUCACGAUGA